AUGGGAUUGAAAGAGCGCUUCGUGACCUUGACUAGGUCGUGGUCCGCUGCCGACGAAGAUGGCACAGAAGCUCCCGCCUCUCCGCCCAGAAACGAGCUGCGCUUCCGAAAACAACACAGGUGGGAUCCGUUCCUUGACAACGAGAGGCUCGAAAGCAGCGCCGAUGGUGGCGAGAGUGCUCCGGCCGUCGACGAAGCGAUCCAAGAUGACUCGCCGUAUCCCGAAGUUCGCGCUUCGGUUCCCCCUACCGACGAUCCCGACAUGCCCGUCAACACGAUCCGCGCCUGGUUCCUGGGAGUCAUUCUCUGCACCAUCAUCGCGGCGUGCAACGUCCUCCUGUCCCUCCGCCGCCAGUCGACAUCCAUUUCUCCCACAGUCGUCCAACUAGUUGCGUACCCAGUCUUCAGCCACGAGUUCACCCUCAACCCCGGCCCGUUCAACGUCAAGGAGCACACCAUUGUCACCAUGAUGACGGCAGCCGGCUCAUCCGUCAGCUACGCCGUCGAGAUUCUCCUCGCGCAGGAGGUCUUCUACGACCAACACUUCAAAUGGGGAUUCCAGCUGCUGCUGAUAGUGUCCACGCAGGCCAUGGGCUUUGGGGUUGCCGGCAUCGCGCGGCGGUUCCUCGUCUGGCCGUCCGCCAUGGUAUGGCCAGCCAACCUGGUGACCUGCACCGUCAUGCAUGCCCUGCACACGCAUGUGCCCGCCGACCCGGCAGUCACCAGCGGCUGGAAGAUUGGCCGCUACAAAUUCUUCCUGAUUGUUGCGCUGGCCUGUUUUGCCUGGACCUGGGUCCCCCAGGUUUUCGCCCAGUUCCUGCAGUACUUUGCGUUUGCGUGCUGGAUCGCCCCCAAGAACGUGGUUGUCAACCAAGCCUUUGGUGCCUUUACCGGCCUCGGAAUCAUGCCCAUCACCUUCGACUGGCUCACCGUCUCGUCGUGGCUGGACAGCCCCCUCGAGUCCCCUGCCUUUGCCAUCUUCAACGUUGCGUUUGGUCUUCUCGUUUGCCUGGUCGGGGCCGCUGGCCUCGUCUGGGCCGGCCCGGAUUACUACAGAUAUCUUCCUAUUUCUGCCAACAGCAACUUUGACCGUUAUGCCAGCGUGUACAACACCAGUCUCAUCUUGAACGCCAACUUUACCAUCAACGAGGCGGCCUAUCAUGAGUAUUCGCCGAUUCUCCUCGGAGCAAACUUUUCUCUCUCGUACGGUAUGGGCUUCGCCGGCCUCGUCUCAACCAUUGUCCAUGUCAUGGUUUUCUACGGCGGCGACAUCUGGAGCCGUGUCAAGGAUCCCCAGUAUGACGAACCUGACAUUCAUCUCAAGCUCAUGAGAAAAUACAAGGAGGCGCCGCAAUGGUGGUUCGCCGCCGUCUUCUCCAUAUCUUUUGCCUUUGGCAUGAUUGCCUCGCAGGCCUGGCAGACGCAUUUGCCAUGGUGGGCCUACAUUGUCUGCAUCAUCAUCGGCGCCGCCCUCUUCAUCCCCAUUGGCAUGGUGCAGGCCAUUACCAACCAACAGACCGGCCUCAACGUCGUCACAGAGAUGAUCUUUGGGUACAUGCUGCCCGGCCGCCCCGUUGCCAUGAUGCUCUUCAAGUCGUGGGGCUACAUGCUGUCAGCCAACGGCCUCAACUACAUUUCCGACAUGAAAAUCGGCCACUACAUGAAGGUGCCUCCCCGGAGCAUGUUCGCCGCCCAGGCCUUUGCCGUCGUCUGGCUUGCCCUCGUGCAAACCUGCACGUACAACUUCCUGCUCGGCAACAUCAAGGGCAUCUGCACCGAGGACCAAGCCCAGGGCCUGACGUGCCCCAACGCGCGCACCUUUUACAACUCCAGCGUCAUUUGGGGCGUCAUUGGUCCCAAGCGCGUCUUUGGCCUGGGCGGCAUCUACUCCUGGAUCAACUGGUUCUGGCUCAUCGGCGCCGCCCUGCCCGUCAUCCAGUACCUCGUUGCUCGCAGAUAUCCCCGCAGCUUUGUGCGAUUCAUCGUCUGGCCGGCCGUCUUCAGUGCCAGUAGCAUCGUCCCCCCUGCCACUCUCUACUUCCUUACCCCCUGGGUCAUUGUCGGUCUCUUUUUCAACUGGUACAUUCGACGCCGAUACUUUGGCUGGUGGACGCAGUACACCUACGUUCUCUCCGGUGCGCUCGACAUUGGCUCGCGCAUCUGUGCCGUCAUAAUUGCCCUUGCGCUUGGCUUGGGCAACGUCCCUGACCUGGAGUGGUGGGGUAACUCGGUUCCUUUUGACACUUUGGACUUCGAAGGAACGGCCGUGACCAAGGCGUUUGUCAAGAAUGUGACGAAGCCUCUGGGUCCUUCUAUUUGGUAG